UCACGCCAAACGCUAAACGCCAAAAAUCGGCCAAAAAUGGACGGCAAACGCCAUGGCGCACAUCCCUGUCCCGUAUAUUAACAUUUAUCAUCCUAAAUCCUCCGAAAUACCUUUUGCUCCUUUAUUAUUCAUUAUUCAGCAAAACUACGGGAAAAACUCUUUGUUUUCCCAGAACCCUGAUAUCUUUUUUAUCCCCAGCAUUUGCUGAUUUACCUCUUAAUCACUCCAAUCCGCCGUUUUUACAAACCCCACAAAUUCCCUAAUAUUCCUGUUAAUAAUUCCCCAACUCUGUCUCUCUGCCCAAAUAUCCACUCCCCGAAUGUUCUCUCCCCAAAUUUCCGGACACGGAUAAGGCUCGUGGUCUAUUCUAACUUUCUUAAAAUGCUUUGAAAAACUUAUUGUGGUUGUUAGUUUUAUAUGCUGCUUCCCUGAUCUUUUUUUCUUACCGUUUCAACUGGCCCUUUUUCCUCAUUUUCUGGUGUUUUCACGCUCAUUUUAUUACUCCAAAUAUCUAUAUCCUUUA